AUUUGUACCCCGGCGGAUGACUGGAGCUGAAGCUGGAUCAAUGGUCUAGGCCUAGACUAGACUCAAUCGUUUAUUUCAAGAAGUUGAUAAAUGGAUUAGACUCUAAAUGCAAAAUGGAUCAACUUCAACGGGCAGAAAUCACCCUUCUUCAAAGUUUACAGCAAACUUUUCCCGAUCUUGAGACGCCGAUGUUAGCCAUAUCUCGUUUUGGAGCCCCACGAAAUGCCUUUCUUCUGUGUUUUCCAAUUGCAUUUUGUUUUUUCGGCGCCAGAUCGGGAUUGCAAGUUUUGUGGGUUGCCGUGAUAUCUGAAUGGUUGAAUUCUGUGCUGAAAUGGUUGAUGAUAGGACAGCGUCCCUAUUGGUGGGUCAUGGAGAGUAAUGUUUACACCGGUGAAGAACGUCCAUUCCUGAAACAGUUCAAGAUAACUUGUGAAACAGGACCAGGUUGUCCUUCUGGCCAUGCUAUGGUCGCAGCAUCUGUUUGGUUUGUCUUUGUGGCAUCUCUCAAUGAAUACAUCAUGUCUGAGGUGAGAAGUGUCCAACGUGCCAAGAAAGCGACCAGGAUCACCUGGACAAUCUACAGCCUUUUUAUAGUGCUCGUAUGUGUUUCCAGGGUCUACACAGCAACUCAUUUCCCUCAUCAAGUUAUCCUGGGUGCAUUAACUGGAAUAAUAGUGGCAGCAGAGACCAGAAAAUUAUCUGUGGAAAACUAUGGAUUUGGUACCUACUUUCUAGGAGGAUUGUUCGUCCUUGUUUCAAUCUUCUUAGAAUACUACCUGAUAAGUCUCGUUGGUCUUGAUCCUGGCUGGUCUAUGAAACUUGCUUUAAAACGCUGUGUGUAUCGGGAAUGGGUUCACAUGGACACCACGCUCUUCUAUGCUAUUUCCAGGGACGUUGGUGCGUUCUUCUUCGCUGGAAUGAUGUGCAGUUGCUUGACGGUGAAGUAUGAUCGGGUGAGGGGGCAGUUUGCAAAGAAACUGACUGCAACUCUCUUAACUGUAGCUGCUGCACACGUCAUAGAGAGCAUGUACGUUCCCAGGGGAUAUGUCAUAUUGUUCUACAUAUUAGGUGCAUUAAAAUAUGGACUAGUGUCAAUCAGUACUGUCGGACUCAACCAAGCUGUAUCCAGUUACGGUAGUCAAAACCAGAAUUUAUGACAGCUGUAAGUAGCAGUUUGGCCUUUGUUGAAUUAUUUACCAUUUGUUCGUUGUGAUUUGGGAACUUUGCCUUUUUAUAUUGUUAAAAUAUCUUUGGCUUUCUGUAUAUGGUUUAAUGUUAAAGUCAUUUCUAUGUUUGGUCAAUGGAGCUGCAAUUAGUAUAUUCAUGGAGAGAAAAAAAAGAGUAAAAACAUAAAUUAUACUUCUUGGCCACUGUCAUGAUGUAAUCUACACUACAGUAAGCAUUUUGUAUGUUUUGUAUACUUUGUAAUCCAUUUUAGAUCACAUCUUUUGAUAUUAGUGUAAUAAAUCUCACUGAAGCACUAAAAGUAAAUUUCAAAGAUAUCACUCUUUGAUCAUUGCUUAGAGGUACAUUUUCCAGAGGAACUUCAAAAUAUGGACUAGAUACCUGCAAAGAUUCUUUGACAGAAUUUGUAUGUAUACUAAAGAAAAGAUGUUUCAGGAUUAAGAUAUGAUAUGGAGGACUAGAAAAAAUGAGAUUUGUUAAAAUUUUGUUUACUAUCCCAUUGUACCCAUUCAGUUAGUACAUACAGAUCAAGAUGAGUAAAGAAUAUCUUAGUGCAUGCAAUUUUAGUUCAAGAUUUGUUUUCUUCUUAUAUGGAAGGAUUUAAGUGCCAGUGGAAUUAUUACCUCUGACAUAUGCAAAAUGAAAAUUCUGGUUCUAUUUUGAUUCUGCACAUACAGUGUAUUACCCUUGUCAUUUUGGUGCUUAUGUUUGUAUUUACCUACUCCUGUGUUCAUUUGAAAAAGUAUAGAUUUCUAAAACAUUUUUUUUCUUCUUCAAUCUGGUGAAAAUUGUAUUUCUUCUUUUCCUUUUAUGUUCUCUCUCUCUCUCUCUCUCUCUCUCUCUAACACACAC